GGCUGGAAGUUGGAACCCUAAUCUGCUUACCAAGUGGCAAGCACACACUCCAGUCUCAAUUUGGCUCAUGAGAGCAGAUACUACUAAUAGCCUAGCUUGCGCAAGAGCUGGCGCAGGAAUUCAAGCGGCUCAGAGGAAUUGAUUGGCACGUCAGAAAAACUUUUCUUACAGCGUCCUUGUAAUCCUCCUAACUUCUGGAGCAUCCGCCUGGUCAACAAGGAUGAUAUCCCAAUUCUUUGUGCUGUCACCAAGGGGAGAUACAAUCAUUUCCAGGGAUUAUCGGGGGGACGUACCUCGGGGCACUGCAGAGAUCUUCUUCCGUCAGGUCAAGUUCUGGAAGGGCGGGCAAGAGGAUGCACCCCCAGUCUUUAACAUAGAUGGGGUCAACUACCUCCAUGUCAAGGUCAAUGGGCUACUGUUCGUCGCAACAACCCGGGCCAAUGUGUCCCCGGCCCUUAUCCUGGAGUUGUUACAGCGGAUCGCCAGGAUCAUCAAGGACUACUGCGGCAUCCUGAGCGAGGACUCCAUGCGGAAAAACUUUGUGCUAGUCUACGAGUUGCUGGAUGAGAUCAUCGACAUGGGGUAUGCCCAAUCCACGUCAACCGAGUCCCUCAAGGCGUAUGUUUUCAACGAGCCCAUUCAGCUGGACGUUCAGAAGCUGCCCAAUCUGGGCGCCGCCUCCAUCUUCAUGAACCCGGGCAAGCGCGUGCCCGGCACGGCCGUCACCAAAUCGGUGGUGUCGAACGAUCCGUCCGGCAAGAAGCGGGAGGAGGUCUUCGUGGACAUCAUCGAGCGAGUCAGCGUCACCUUCAACGCCAGCGGGUACAUCCAGAACUCGGAGAUCGACGGUACAAUACAAAUGAAGAGCUACCUGUCCGGGACGCCCGAGAUCCGGCUGGCCCUGAACGAGGACCUGGCCAUUGGAAAGGAGUUCGGAGGAACGGGCGAUCUGGGCAUGGUGCUGUUAGACGACUGCAAUUUCCACGAAAGCGUGCGCCUUGAUUCGUUUGACGUGGACCGAACGCUCGUGCUGGCGCCUCCGGACGGGGAGUUCCCGGUCAUGAACUACCGGAUGACGCAGGAGUUCAAACCACCGUUCCGAGUGUUCCCACACGUCGAAGAAGCGGGGCCGUUCAAGGCGGAGGUGGUGGUGCGCGUGCGGGGGGAGUUUCCGUCCAACAGCGUGGCCAACAAUGUGGUCGUACGCAUUCCGCUGCCCAAGGGCACGCAGCGCGUCAGCUGCGAGCAGGAGCCGGGGGCGGUGGGGCAGAGCACCGACUUCAAGGAGGCCACCAAGCUCGUCGAGUGGACCGUCAAAAAGUUCCCGGGCAACUCGGAGCACGUGUUGCGUGUAAAGCUGACGUUAGCACAGGAACGGAACGCGAAUCUGAAAAAGGAGACGGGGCCUAUCAACAUGACCUUCACGAUACCCAUGUACAAUGCAUCUCGGCUACAGGUUCGAUAUUUGCAGAUACUCAAAAAGAGCAAAGCUUACAAUCCAUACCGCUGGGUUCGGUAUGUGACGCAUGCCAACUCGUAUGUCACGAGGCUAUAGGAGCAGAUUCGUCUAACGUGGGUGCCCUUCCUUGGCGUUUUCAUGCUGGGUGAGACCAAACUGCUCAUAUCGCUUUGCAAACCACCAAGGGGGCCUUGAGGUUUUAUGGCAUGAGCUCUGCCUUUCUCAUGUUCGAGGAUAUCCACUGGACCUUUCAUGAACAGAUUCUUCCUCACAAAAAGGUGGCAACUCAAGCAACUGGCCGAGCUCACACGAUGUAAGCUAACGUUGUUGAAAAAGUCUUAGGCUAGUCAACGAUAUGAAGCAUGUGCGUUCAGUGAUGAUCAUUAGGACAUACAUCAAGGCCCUCGCAUAGGCGCAGCCGAUUUGAUGAGUCACGCUGCAUAGCUGGCAGUAUACUCAAAGCC